AUGGGGGGUACAGAAGAGGAGACAACAACAGCAGCAGCAGCAGCAGCUGCUGCUGCUGCUGCAGCAGCAGGAGCAGCAGCAGGAGGGGCUCUAGCACCUCCUCUGCUGCCGCAGCACCCAACAGGAGACAGUGCAGCAACACUGGGUCCGAUGAGUGAGAGCAGCAGCACUGGGGGCCCCCCAGGGGGCCCCCAGGGGGGCCCCCAAGGGGGCCCCCAGGGGGCCCCCACUACCGGGGCAAAGACAAAGACAGAGGAGACAGCUGAGGAGACAGCUCCUGCUGCUGCUGUAAAUGAAGACAUCUGGCUGCAUAUGCCGAAGGCGAAGCCAAUAGCUAUCAAGGAGUUUUGUCUUAGCAGCAGGUUGCCUGCUAGAAGGGUAGUACAGUGGCUGGCGUGGCAGUUUGGGGUCGAUCCCUGCCGCCUGCUGCUGUAUCCUGAGCCCCCCCUUCUCUCCUCUCGCAAGGUGGUGCCGCUAGACGUUGAUGCUUUGCUUGUCUCCUCUGGUGCCUCCUGGGAGCAGCAGCAGCAGCAGCAGCAGCAGCAGCAGCAGCAGCAGCAGCAGAUGAAUGUUAUAAGAGGAGACACACCACCAAAGAAACAAAUAACCCUCGAUGAGAUGUAUAUGCAGCUACAGGCAGCACAAUCAUGGCCGGGGUGUCUUGAUAGGAGGAGAACUCUAGCAGCAGCAACAGCAGCAGCAGCAGCAACAGCAGCAGCAGCAGCAGCAGGAGGAGGAGGAACAGCAGCAGCAGCAGCAGCAGCAGCAACACGGCUCCCACGCGAGCUGCAUCUCUGUCUUCUCCCUGGACAUCAUCGCCUAUAUUCUCGGGUGAUAAAUGCUGCUGCUUUGUCUGCUGCUCAGCAGCAAGAACUGCAGCAGCUGCUGCAGUCUCCUCUUCCUAUAUCUCCCCCAUCAGCAUCUUCUUCUUCUUCUGCUGCAUCUGCUGCUGCAUCUGCUGCUGCUGCUGCUGCUGCUGCUGCUGCUGUGUCUCCUCUUGUCUAUACAUAUAUUUGUCUUGUUUUCUCUACACAAGUAGAACGUAUUGGCUUUGUUAUAGGCCACAUCACCGCAUGCAGCAGCAAAGGCCGUCUCCAUACAGCAGCAGAUAUGCUGAGAGACAUCAUACGCCGUCUGCCGCAGCACACGCUGCAGCUGCUCAAGCAAGACUAUAGGAAUAACCUCAGCAGCAGCAGCAGCAGCAGCAGCAGCAGCAGCAGCAGCAGCGGCAGCAGCAGCAGCGGCAGCAGCAGCGGGAUCGGCGCUGGUAGUAGUAGUGCUGGUACUACCACCGCACUAUCCUACAGAAACGCAGCAGCAGGAGCAACAGCAGCAACAGCAACAUCAGCAGCAGCAGCAGCAGCAGCAGCAGCAGCAGGAGGAAGCGAAGAUAAAAAAGAAAAAAAUAUAGAGGAGGAGCUGGGGCCCCUGCGUCUCUCUAUCUCUGACUCCUCGCACCUUAUGCGUAUCCCCCUAACAGAAGAAAUAUCCUGGCUCACACACUAUGCUUCGGCUUCCCCAAGCCGCGCCCGCGACGGAAUAGCAAAUAUCCUGGCUGUCCCUUUCCGGCUGGAAGCUGACUAUACACCCGAAGAAAAAGAACUCAUACGCACAGGGGCACGACAGGUGCUGCUGGUGCAGCAUCAGACGCCCGGGGACCGCGAGCCCUUCGGCUAUCCUUUUGAACUCCUUGUAGAGGUAAACAGCAGCAGCAACAGCAGCAGCAGCAACAGCAGCAGCAGCAGCAGCAGCAGCAGCAGCAGGAGGAAAGGGAAAGGGUAG